AUGGCCAGCGAAGCACCCGACAUCACCGAGAAGACGGCAGAGCCUGUGUCCAGCGGCUCUGUGCCUCCAAACUCCCAGCCUGCACCUGCCACAGAGGAAGUCGACCCCGUCGCCAUCGCACCCGAACGGCUUCCAACACGCAAAGACGUCCCUCUGCGCGAGCUUCUGAACAAGAUCGACGACUAUGCACCAAUUGUGAGUGCCAAACGCGUCUCUACAAUGCAGCACCUUGCGGCACACAGAUACAACACGAUACUAAUCCUCAUCCCCCAGAUUCCCGACGCCGUCACCCACUACUACAUGACAAAGGCCGGCCUCCCACCACCGCCCCAGACCGACCCUCGCCUCGCGCGCCUCCUCGCCCUCGCGACCCAGAAGUUCAUCGCCGACGUCGCGGCCGACGCGUACCAGUACUCGCGGAUCCGCGCGAGCAACACCAACGCCAACAACCCCAUGGGCUCGCUCGGCGCGGCCGCCGGCUUCCCCAUCCCAGGACAGCAGGGAGGCGUUGGGCAGGUGGCGGCCGGCGGCGCUAAGGACCAAGGCAAGGGCGCGACCGGUCCCGGCGGCGCGCCUCUGGGCAUCCAGAGGCCUGGGUAUGGUGGCGGUGGUCAGGGCGGGAGCCAGAACCGCACGGUCCUGACCAUGGAGGAUCUGGGCAUGGCGGUUGGGGAGUAUGGCGUCAAUAUCAAGCGGAGCGAGUUCUACCGCUAG